GUGAGAACGUGGAGUUAAAACGGGGCAUAGAUGAACUUAAAAAAGAACUAGAAUUUAAGAAAAAUUGCAAAUUUCAGGAGAAAUGCAUCCUAAUAGCUCGAGUAUUGCUUGGAGAGGAACCCGUAGUCGAAUAUCGUCCAUCGUUUAUGGAGGGAUUAGAACUUGAUGCCUUCUUCCGAAGUAAUCGAAUUGCGUUAGAAGUACAAGGGGCUCAACAUCGGCUUCAUAACACUAGCUGGUAUAAGGAUGUUAAAAAAAACUCGAAGACAUUGUUAAUCGUGAUCGGAAGAAAAGAUGCAUGUGUCAAGAUAAUGGAAUUUUCUUACUUGAGUUUGACCAGACUAACAUCUCGGCAAUUGAAUUUUCUUCAUUCACAUCAUUCAAACACUAUGCCUCCCUCAUUGCAGAACGAAUUAUUCUCUAAAUGGUCCUCGGCCUUUGAUUCAGCAAGACAUAAGCUUCUUGCUAUCAAACGACAAGAAGGUUUUGAGGAAGUAAAACGAAAGGGAAUCACUAUUGACAAAGAAGUAUCACGUAGACUCUAUCUUGAAUUCUGUGAAGGAGAACCAAAAGUUUCGGUUAAUCACCGUUUGAUCGAUGGAAAAAUCGAAGCUUACGAAAUGCCUCUCGACCCUCACUCAGCGGUACAAGGAGAAUUGACUUAUAUAAUAAGGAGCUGGAGUAGUCGGUUGCGAGUCCAUGGUGAAAUGGAUAUUAUUGUGGGUACAGGAAGUGUAUAUCGUCCUGAUAUUUGUGUUCGGCCAUUGAAUCGUCAUCAACCUCAAUCCUCAAGAGCAGUCAAUUCAUCAGGAAAUCCAUAUCCUACUCUGGUGGUUGAGAUUGGCAAUACUGAAAGUUUAAACAGUUUACACGAAUUGGCAGAAAAAUAUUUUUCUCAACGGACAACUAUCCAAAUUUAUUUAGCAAUCAAAUUGUACCCACCUCGACGGAACAAUACUUUUGCGCUUCUUGCGAUGCUUUACUUACGUAAUAAUCAAAAUCCCACAACACCUGUAGUUGUUAAAUCAUUCGGAACAGCACCUCUCUCUGAUCAUUCACGAAUAUAUCUUCAAAGUAUCGAACGGGAUGAAUUCAUCAAUGGUGUUGGGUUUGGAGAGGCACCUUGUGAUGGUGCUAAUAUUGGUGAAUAUCAACUAGCCAUCCCUACCAACUUACUUUUUAACGAUGUUCCUGGCGGUGUUCCUGGUGGCGUACCUAAUAACUUUAUAGUAGAUCUAUGGAGUUUACAAGAUGCAAUUCUGAAUAAUUAG